AUGCCACAGUCUAUGAAAUUCAUGAAGGAUAUCUUAAAGAAGAAAAGAACGUUGGAGGAUUAUGAAAUGAUCCCACUCACAGAGGAGUGUAGUGUUAUACUACAAAGAAAACUUCCGUCCAAACUGAAAGAUCCAAGGAGUUUUUCUAUUCCUUGUUCAAUUGGUGAUGUUGUCUUUGCAAAUGCUUUCUGUGACUUAGGAGCCAGUAUUAACUUAAUGUCUUUAUCUAUUUUCAGAAAAUUGGGACUUGGAGACGUGAGACCGACCACAGUUUCAUUGCAGCUGGCUGAUAGAUCAAUAAAGUAUCCAAGGGGGAUCAUUGAUGAUGUUCUUGACAAAGUAGAGAAAUUCAUCUUUCAUAUGUACUUUCUAGUGUUGGAUAUGGAGGAAGAUGAAAACAUGCCUAUUAUUAUGGGAAGACCUUUCUUGGUGACGGGAGGAGCGAAGAUUGAUGUAGAGUUAGGAGAGCUGAAACUAAGGGUUCAAGACGAGUCAGUCAUUUUCAAAGUUUUCAAACAUUCUGACUCUUAUUAUAACCCCAUGAGUUGCUCUUGCAUCAUUGAGGUGAGAUUGCCAUCAUCCCGAUCUUCUUCAAAGUCAUAUGCUGAUAUGCUACUAUUUUAA